AUGAUUAACAACUAUGUUUGCUUGUGUUAUCCCGGUUUAUCUGGAAAUUACUGUAAUGAAACUGACACCACGUCCGGGGAUCCGUGCUCGAGUUCGCCGUGUCAGAUUCGUCCUCCUCAAUCACCAUUCUUCAAUUGUUCCUGUCAACCGGGAACCUCUGGGCAAUUAUGUGAAAUUAAAUCAACGGUGGAACAAGAAGUGCAAAGUCGUGAGGGACAAGACGAUGGUGUCGGCGACGACGAUGACGGCCUCAAAGUCUGCGACCAGUUUGCCAUCGCCAUUCAAGAGUGCGGGAUGCCGCUCGGACCCGGCCGAAAACCAAUUACAGCCAGCGACCACUUCGCGACGUUGCCAUAUUCUCGGAGCAUCAUCGGUAACUGUGCUCGCUAUGUGUUUUACUAUGAAACCGUAUCGAAUCGCGAUCAAAAGGGGAUUUCAUUCAACGAUUCCUCCAACGAAAAGAUCAAAAAUUUGCUUUUGCCAAAGAGUCUG